UUUCCUGCGUUACAAUGGCGACGAACGCCCCGUUUCUUUUCCUUCUUGUCGUUCUUUUGCUAUGGUUCCUUUCUCGUUGGUGGCUGCAGCGCUACCGCGGACUGAAGAAGUGGAGACGGCCGGACCACCGGACGCUUUUCUCAGACGGACCGGAGGCGUCAGCGACGGUGCGACGCGAUGUCAAGGCCACCCGCGUCCUCUUCGUGACGGCGCACCCUGAUGACGAAGCUAUGUUCUUCGCCCCCAGCAUCCUCGCCUUGAAGUCGGCCAGUCUGUGGCUUCUCUGCGGCUCCACAGGGAAUUACUAUCAGCAGGGAGAAAUUCGUAAAGCGGAAUUGAUAGAAAGCUGCAAAGUUUUAGGCAUCCCUCCUUCCAAUGUAACCAUCCUGGACCACAGGAAGCUUCCAGAUCAUCCGUCUGCCGAGUGGGACGUCCCUCUCCUCGCAGAGCUGAUCCUCUCACAAAUCGAAACCCACCACAUCGAUUUGGUGGUAACCUUUGACGCCAGAGGUGUGAGUGGGCACCCGAACCACCGAUCGGUUUAUGCCGCUGUCAGGUCCUUGCACUCCAAGAGGAAAGUUCCAGAAGGUUGUCGGUUCCUCGUCCUGGAGACGGUGAACGUUUUCCGGAAAUACAUUUCCAUCUGGGACGCUCCGCUCAGCGGCUACAAAAACCAGGAUGUUCUCUUUAUAGCGACGGAAAAAGAAGCGGAACUGGCCCAGAGAGCGAUGCGGUGUCACCACAGCCAGCUCCUCUGGUUCCGCCGGCUGUACGUGAGGUUCUCCCGCUACAUGGUGAUCAACUCGCUGCGUUUCCUCUAACGGGGGGAAGAGAGAUUGUGGAUGAACUGGAGACCCAGAGCGAAAAACAGGGAGACAGAUGCGACUCUCUAGGCCCCUGCCCAGUGGAACACUCUAGCGGGACCAUGAAGAAGGGCCUUCUCCCUGGUGGCUCCCUUCCAAUGGCGCAUCAUCCUUCACCGAGAUAAAAUAGGAAAUAAAAUGUUAUGACUCUC